CACCUAUCCUGACCUUGUUUCCAAGCAUGGACUCCAAUAAAGCCCCCAUGGAUUCUCUUCCUCCUCAAACCCAUCAAACUCCUGAGGGCUCCAAACAAAAACAGAGUUAGAUCACCAGAAUGGACAAAACAUCAAGGGUACGAUUUUCUGGUUUAGGACAGGAAACUGAGGACGAUCGCCGCAAUACAAGAGAAGGCAGGCUACCUCUGCAGCAGAAAGUUUCCUUCAAGGAAGAAAGAAAGAAGACACAGAACUGGUUCCAGGGGCAAUCCUCUGGCCAAAUGAGCCAGGUAGAUGAUGCACGAGAUGGUGAGUUUGAGACUGCCAUUGCCGCAGCUGCAUACGCUAUCACGCUACUGGAAGAAGAAUCAGGAAGCGCUUUUAUCAAGACCACAAGCAAAAGAGAAGAAAGCUUGAAUAAGCCAACUGAUAGCAGCAAAACUUCCAGAUGGUUCAGUGGUACUGAGGAAAAAGAUGGGAAUUCCCCAGUUUCAGGGGGCAGUUCCAUGAGAAAGUCAGAAACGUUAGACCUGAAAGAUUCUGCUGCUAAUCACAAAGUGGCAGAAAAAGAAAUGCAGACCACUCCUACGAUCAAGAAAACACCUACUUCCCCCGACAAGUAUCUAAAUGACAGAGGUAGCAAGAGAUUUGGACAGCGACAAGAUCAAGGAGGGCAACAAGAACCAUCCAUGAUAAAACCUAGAGCUUCAGUUUCUGGAACAGGAAAUGGGGGUUGGAAGAGGGCAAAAUCCAAUACAGCGGAAACAAAAGCAGAUGCCUGGGAGAAAGCAAAGAUGGCUAGGAUAAAAAUGCGGUUUGACAAGGCGAAUGCCACCAUCCUGGAGUGGGAGACUGAGAAGAAGGCGAAAGCCAGACAUCGAUUGGAGCGAAAAGAGAGGGAAUCGGAAUGGAGGCGAGCAAGAGCAGUACAAGAAUAUCGUAAUGAGCUGUCAAGGAUUGAAAAAAUUGUUGGUACAGCAAAAGCCCUCGAAGAAGAAAGAAAAAGAAAUGAUGAAUAUAAGACAAUGGAGAAGGCCAGGAAGAUACGAUUGACAGGGAAAGUCCCCCAUGCAUGCCCCUGCUUAUGAUAAAUCACUUAAAUGGUAGAAGCAGUGUUGUCACAUGAUAUCUUAUUUGUAUUAUUUGGAGGCAAUUUGCUUGCCAAUACUCUGCUGAUCCGAGCAUAAAGAAUAGAGCUUAGCAAAGCUAUGAAAGAAUCAUAUAUUGAGUUGAAAUUUGGAAGUCAUGUACAUCACAUACAAAUACCCCUUGAGAUUAACAAAUGAAACAGAAAGCAGAAACAAAAGAUAGUGGUGAAAAAUGAAGAAU